AUGGCAUUGCACUUUCUGCGCACGCGACAAAGGAAAUAUAUAGAGCCGCUGGUCGUAUGCGACUAUAACCCGAUAUGGGCGACAAACUUCAAACUCGAGCAGCAAAACAUUCACAAAGCCAUCGGCUCCUUGGUCGUGAGCAUCGGCCACAUCGGGUCCACCAGCAUCCCAGGUAUGGCAGCCAAGCCCAUCAUUGACAUUGAAAUUCUGGUCAAUGACUUUAGCCAGCUUAACCAGUGCAUCCAGGGUAUGGACCACAUCAACUACGUGCACAAGGGCCAGUGCGGAAUCGAGGGGCGCGAGUAUUUUAGAAAACUCGGGUACCACGCUCACAUGGUACAGGUGGGCAGCGACGAGCAUCUGCGGAAGAAAAUGUUUUUGGAUUAUUUGCGAAACAACGAGGAUGCACGCAACGAGUAUGUCGAACUAAAGCGCAGCCUAGCGAAGAAGUGGUUUGAAAGGAUCAAUGGCCAGUACCACUACAACUUGGAAAAACCGGGCUCAUUCUGGAUAUCCUCCGAAGAGCCGGUUGGGAUCUCGACAACCUGCCGCCGUACCUGA